UUCGUACCGAAUUCGUUUUUAUAUGAAUGUUAUACCAACCAUUUUUCCCAUAUGGUUUUUAAUCUAUUAUCAUAGUUCGCUAUUAUCUAAGUUUAUUUAUUCGCAUCGUAAAGAAAAUGAUAUGUGAAUCGGCGAUAAAUUAAUCUAACAAAGGAUAAAAAAAAAUGAUUUUUUAAAACCACCUAGAAAAUAUUCGUUAUAAUAAACCAAAUCCUUAUGUCAAUUCAUGAAUUAAUUUUCCCACACAUAUCAUAUAACUAAAAUUCUAAACAUCUUUUCGUUCACAUUUGAAUUCAGUUAUUAAAUUAGAAUGGAGACUUACCUGAGGCUGUAAGAUACUUUUGUUAAAUUAAAAAAAGGAUGAUCCAUGGAAGAUAACACUUGCCUCAAUAAUCCACCUUUACCUCCCAGCUCCCCUAUUGAUCACAUAAAUCCCCCAUUACCAUGUAACAUUGAUGAUAAUAUCAAUGCGAUUACCAAUAACUGUAUCGAAUUCCUUGAUGAUACACUUAAAGAUAAAUUAAAUCCAGAAAAUUCUAUCUUUUACGAAGAAGAAUUAUUAUCAUCGAAUGAAAAUAAUGAUAUUACCAUUAAGGUGGAUAUAGAGGAUCUUGAAUGUUUUUCUGACCCAAAAGAGAAUUCAAAUGAGAGCUCGAAGGAAAAUCAAAAUACGAAUAAUGACACUAUCCUAUGCAAUGGCAUCGUUGUUGAAAAGGAUUCCUAUCUCUACUCAAACUUAUUUGAGAAUCACAACUUGGCGAUUUCUUUAUCUAAUCGGUUUACUGAAAAUACAUUAGUCGAACAAACGAAUAUUAGCAUAGACAAAAACAACUCAAUCAAUUCUCAGCCGGAUUCCAAACUUGACUUAAGCCUGAUAAAUGAUCCCUUAGUGAUCCCAGAUGAGAAUCCAGAUAAUUUAGACCCAUUAAACAUGAUUAAAUCAUCAAUAAUAUCACCUUCUUUAACUCCUACAAAUGAAUCCAAUAACCAUAAUAUAACAACCGCCACAUCUACUGAUAUCUUUGGUGACAUUUCUAACAUCACCAAGGAAUGCGAAGAGAAAAUAUUCGAUGAAAACACAAUUCACGCCAAUAGCAAACGUUUGCAUAUAUCUAAUAUACCAUUCAAAUAUAGGGAUUACGAUUUAAAAGCUCUUUUCACCGAAUAUGGGCCCAUCCUCGAUGCCGAAAUCAUAUUCAAUGAAAGAGGAUCUAAAGGAUUUGGUUUUAUAACUUUUAAAAAUUCGGAAGAUGCUGACAAAGCCAGAGAAAAACUCAAUGGAACCAUCGUGGAAAGCAGAAAGAUCGAAGUCAACAACGCUACCGCCAAGGUUCAAACCAACAAUAAAACCAAACCACUCAUAAUCCCUAAUUCUCUCGCUUUAUUACGGGGCAUCAACCUGAUUGCCGGUAGCCCUUCCCUUCAACACCUAACUCCAUCGUUGAUCCAAUCCCAUCAGCACCCCACCAUAAUUUCAGCUCCUUAUAAUAAUAACACCAACCAACACACCAAACUACUCAUUCAUCAUCAUAACCCAGUUCACCCUUCUCAGCAACACUUAUUAUUAGCGGCAGCUAAUAAUGGCUUUAACCACCAUUCUAUAUUGCAAACAUCGGGUGGAAAAAAUUUGAUGCUUCCAUCGCAGACUGGCAAUACUUUGCUAUUGAUAAACCACCCAACACCACAAUUGCAUAAUCAGCAUGCUAUUCAAAAUUCUCAUAUUAUGAUGUUAGGGGGAAUAGGGGGACACAAUAAUAUUAAUUCUAACGUUAAACACUCCUUGUCUCAUCUUAAUUAUCUGAACCCCGGGAAUAACCCUAUCCUAUACGACAAUAAGACACUGGUAGAUGAUAAACAAUUAUUGGCAGCCAACUCUAACCUCGCCGAUUACAUAUUAAAGCCGGCUCAUCAAGGCAAUCUAAUCAAUAAUAUAAACAACAUAGGUAGUCGGGGUAUCAUAGACCCCUCCAAAUUUAUUUUUCUGGAUCCAACAUACUCCAUGAAAAGGCAGUCCUUGGACGAAAACGCCCACAAAGCCGCCUUUCAAGGUUCUAUCUUGAACGAUCUCUCGCUGAUAACCAACGAAAACGCCAGUAACCUCAAUAAUGUGAAAAUCUACUUGGAUCACAAUGGUACCCCCUUUAUACUAGCCCCUUCUUCUAAUCAAGCCAAUUUGGAAAGUAUGUUACUUACCAACCUCAACAACAAUCAUAUGAAUAACUUGGCCAUAAAUUCCUCUCAAUUAAACCCGUUAAAUACCUUGAAUAGCUUGAAUAAUAUAAACAAUAUGAACCAUCUUGCUCCUUUACAGGCACACCUUCCCUUGAAUGCUUUACAGGCCUUACCAAGCUUGGACUCUCCAGCUUCUGCUACCCCUUCCAAGAAGAGGAAUUUUAGCGGUGGUGUUACCGAUAAUCCUCUCUCAUCUUCCAACCCUACCCCGGCUCAUCAUCACAAACACCUCAAAACUCAACAAAAUAACGCGCCUCUGCCCGUUCGCUAUAUCCAGUCUCACAAUUUAUCCUCCCAAUACGGCGUUUUACCCCCCAUUGCCACCGGCGGCCAAAUGAUGUAUUACAUGAUCGACCCAGGCACUAAUAGGCUUAUCCCUAACCCUGGUUCUGUCUCUCUGCCACCUAAUAUUUCAUCAUCAUCUCUAGUUUCUCCUCAAAAUCACACCCCUAUAUCAUCGACGCCCUCCUCUACCUUAAAUCACAACUUGUUGCCAGGGAAUAAUCAGCACCUUAGUAAUAGUUUGUACCUAUAUAAUCAUAAUCCUGCCGUCAUAUAA